UUUUAAACAUUGAUUUACAGUUUCUUUCCCUUCUCACUGUUGGUUCCUGCUUAUUGAAAAUUUCCUGUAAAAACGUUAUAGAACUUUCCAGUCACUCGAUGUCUACACCAAGGAAAUGUUUGAGUGGAAAAAUUGGUCCUUCAAUUCUGAAUUCUGACCUUUCUAACCUGGCUUCAGAAUGUCAAAGAAUGCUAGAUUGUGGUGCAGAUUAUCUUCAUUUAGAUGUUAUGGAUGGUCAUUUUGUACCAAAUUUAACUUUUGGCCACCCAAUUGUUAAAUGUCUCAGACCCAAAAUGCCAAAUGCGAUGUUUGAAAUGCAUAUGAUGGUAGAGCCUGCAGAAAGAUGGAUUGAGGAUAUGGCAGCCAGUGGAGCAAAUAUGUAUACAUUUCAUUAUGAAGCAACACAGGAUGUUCCUGGAUGUGUUCGGAAAAUAAAGGAGGCUGGCAUGAAGGCUGGAAUAAGUAUUAAACCUGGUACUAAAGUUGAGGUUUUGGAUCCAUUUAUUGACCUUGUAGACACAGUUUUGAUAAUGACAGUUGAACCAGGUUUUGGAGGUCAAAAAUUCAUGACAGACAUGAUGCCUAAAAUAGAAUAUUUGAGAGAGCAUUUUAGUGAUUUAGAUAUAGGUGUAGAUGGUGGAGUUAGUUUGGAUACAAUUCAAAUGUGUGCAAAUGCAGGUGCUAAUAUGAUUGUUUCUGGAAGUGCAUUAAUGAAGAGUGAUAAUCCAAGGGAAGUAAUGCAAACUUUGAGGAACACAGUGGAGGAUUCAAUACAAAAAUCUCAACUUGAACGAUAAACUUAGCAGCUAGCUAAGCCAUUUUAAUUUGAAAUGUUUUAUUUUCAUACUAGAACCUGAUCACAAUGAAGCAUAUUCUAUAAUUUGACAAUGCAUUAGUGACAAUCUAUAGAUUUGGUCUCUAUUGGUAACAAAAUUAUUCCUCUAUAUUGAUAGGUUCUUUGAACAUGUUAAAUGGUGUUCUGAAAAUAUUGAAAAAUUGAUCAAAUAAGAUUUUAAUAAAUUUGUUUGUUAUCUCAAUUGUACCAAUGGAUGACCAGAUAUUUCCAGCAAGCAUAAUAUUAAAUGAUGCUUUAUAGAAUGUUCUUCCUGUGGUAUUUUUUUGUUAUUUUGUAACUUUAUUUUUGAAAAAACACACCCAAACACAUCAUUUGAAUAA